AUAAUUUUCGAUUGGAUGUCGCUGUCGCUGGUUUUACUUGACUAUGAUUGGAUGUCGCUGUCGCUGGUUCUACUUGACUAUGAUUGGAUGUCGCUGUCGCUGGUUCUACUUGACUAUGAUUGGAUGUCGCUGUCGCUGGUUCUACUUGACUAUGAUUGGAUGUCGCUGUCGCUGGUUCUACUUGACUAUGAUUGGAUGUCGCUGUCGCUGGUUCUACUUGACUAUGAUUGGAUGUCGCUGUCGCUGGUUCUACUUGACUAUGAUUGGAUGUCGCUGUCGCUGGUUCUACUUGACUAUGAUUGGAUGUCGCUGUCGCUGGUUCUACUUGACUAUGAUUGGAUGUCGCUGUCGCUGGUUCUACUUGACUAUGAUUGGAUGUCGCUGUCGCUGGUUCUACUUGACUAUGAUUGGAUGUCGCUGUCGCUGGUUCUACUUGACUAUGAUUGGAUGUCGCUGUCGCUGGUUCUACUUGACUAUGAUUGGAUGUCGCUGUCGCUGGUUCUACUUGACUAUGAUUGGAUGUCGCUGUCGCUGGUUCUACUUGACUAUGAUUGGAUGUCGCUGUCGCUGGAACAGGACUAG